CACAUGAGAUGUAAAAAAGGAUCCAUUGUUCUGAAGUUUGAACCAAUGAUAUUGCAUGUACAGUGUGCCACACUGAAAGACGCCCAAAAAUUACAUGCAGCCAGUUUAGCAUCUGGCUUUAAAAACACCGGUCUCACCAUAGCUAACUCCGGAAAUAUUACGCUGGCAAUCCGCAGUACGCACAUGUUGGAAGUACCUCUGUCAAAAGCAGGUGAUGUACUCGUGUCUGAUGAGUAUGUUAAGUUUGUUGUUGAAGAAGCAAACAAAAAAAUGUAUGAAAAUCAGAAGAGGAUUGAAAGGCUUUCUUCAAAUAUACAAGUCAUGUUAAACAAAAAACAUGUUGAUGCAUCAAAGCAAUCAUCUCGAAAAUUACAACAAACUUAUAAUAAUGAUGGUGUUAAAAAGCAAGUUGAAACAGAAGAACACCGGCUAGAACAUGACUGUACUUAUAACAAUGAUGGUGUUAAAAAUCAAGUUGAAACAGAAGAACACCGGCUAGAACAUGACUGUACUUAUAACAAUGAUGGUGUUAAAAAUCAAGUUGAAACAGAAGAACAUGACUGUUGCUUGUCUAGUGAAGAAAUUGUUGCAAGUGUAUUUAGUAUGUUUGAUUAACCAAUAAUCAUGUGGAGUCAUAACAGAGCAAUAAAAUUAGAUCUCUUCAAUGAUUUCAACAUUGAGCCUGAAUCACCAGAUGGAGACCAAACAAAUGGAAGGGGACAGUGAUAUAGCUGAGGACAAAUUGAAGUAAAUGAAGCGAUAUACCCUCUUCUUGUCCAGACUGAACCCCCUACUACUAAAAUGUUACCUUAUCAAUUUCCAUCUUAUGUUACAACACUGGAAGAGAAAGACCCAGUCACCACUACAACGUCUUCCAGUCGGAGAGUCUUCACUUGUAAUUGGAACCACUACAAUCUCUUUCAGUCGGAGAGUCUUCACUUGUAACUGGAACCACUACAACCUCUUCCAGUCGGAGAGUCUUCACUUGUAACUGGAACCACUACAACCUCUUCCAGUCGGAGAGUCUUCACUUGUAAUUGGAACCACUACAACCUCUUCCAGUUGGAGAGUCUUCACUUGUAAUUGGAACCACUACAACCUCUUCCAGUUGGAGAGUCUUCACUUGUAAUUGGAAACCACUACAAUCUCUUCCAGUCAGAGAGUCUUCACUUGUAAUUGGAGAGAUCUUCUUGGACUUUCAAAGUAUUCUAUGAAUGUUUUACAAUAAAAGCACUCAUCCAUUGUUUCUCA